GGAGCUUGUGCGCUCUGUACGUCAGCGGAUCUCUUUCUGGGCUGAUUGUUGUUGUCAUCAAGAUGGAGUUCUUGUUGGGAAAUCCGUACAGCACUCCUGUUGGCCAGUGCAUUGAAAAAGCCACGGAUGGCUCCCUGCAGAAUGAAGACUGGACCCUUAACAUGGAGAUCUGUGACAUCAUUAACGAGACAGAGGAAGGGCCCAAAGAUGCCAUGCGUGCGGUGAAGAAGAGGCUGAAUGGCAACAGGAACUUUCGGGAAAUCAUGCUGGCUCUGACUGUGCUGGAGACCUGUGUGAAGAACUGCGGCCAUCGUUUUCAUGUUCUCGUCGCUAACAGAGACUUUAUUGAAGAUGUCAUGGUGAAAAUUAUAACUCCUAAAAACAACCCUCCAGCCAUAGUGCAAGACAAAGUGCUGUCGUUGAUCCAGGCUUGGGCAGAUGCGUUCAGGAGUAGCCCAGACCUCACUGGAGUCGUGCAAAUGUAUGAGGAGCUUAAAAGGAAGGGCAUUGAGUUUCCCAUGGCAGACCUGGACGCUCUGUCACCUAUCCACACACCGCAGCGGGGUGUCCCAGAGGUGGAUCCAGGCACACAUAAGUACAAAGCACCUUCCCAGCCCCAGACAGCAUCUCAGACAGCUCCUAAACCUGCAGCUGCUGCUGCAACCAACAACUUUAACCCCACCCAGAUCCCGACUGUAUCGGGUCCAAUUACAGCCAACCCAGAGCAGAUCGCCAGGCUGAGAAGUGAGCUGGAUAUUGUGCGUGGCAACAUUAAAGUGAUGUCGGAGAUGCUGACGGAGAUGGUGCCAGGGCAAGAGGAGGCAUCUGAUCUUGAACUGCUCCAGGAGUUGAACCGGACAUGUCGUGCCAUGCAGCACAGGGUAGUGGAGCUCAUCUCUCGCGUAUCCAACGAGGAGGUCACUGAAGAGCUGCUGCACGCCAACGAUGAUUUAAACAACAUCUUCCUGCGCUAUGAGAGGUAUGAGAGAUUCAGGGUAGGCAGAGCGGCGCAGAACAACGGGGUUCUUAAUGCAGCAUCAGAGGAGGAUAAUCUGAUCGAUUUGGGUCCUGGUUCUCCAGCUGUGGUCACUCCUCGGGUCAUCUCUACAUCCGCUCAUACACCUGCAGCCACCCUGCAGCCACCUGAUGCUGCUGCAUCUCUUUCCACACAGCUGGCAGGACUCGAUGUGGGUGCAGACAGUGUUAGCGGGACCCUCAGCUCUCUGACCGCUCACAAUCCUAAAGAUGACUUUGAUAUGUUCGCCCAUACCAGAUCCAGCUCUCUGGCCGACCAGCGCAAAAAUGUUAUAUACGAAGAACCUCAGGCUCUGGUUGGCUUAGCGUCUGCUUUAGACAUCAGACAGCAGAAUGCAACAGGGCCGAGUGUUAAAGGUCUUAACGCAGAGGUGGAGCCCAUAGACGGCUGGCUCAUUACCCAAGGAAUGAUCCCCGUGUCGCAGUCCUCUGUCAUGGAUGACAUUGAGGAGUGGCUCGGUGCCGAUGUGAAAGGUGAGGAGCCAGAAGAAGGAGUCACGAGUGAAGAUUUUGACAAAUUUCUAGAGGAGCGGGCCAAAGCUGUAGACCAGGCUUUACCGUUACCCCCGAUUGGAGAGCAUAGAGCUCCCACAAGCGCAUCCAGCAGCAGUCGCAAGAAGGCCGAACGGACGGAGGACAAUCUCUUUGCCUUGUAGAACACUGACCGGAAAGACGCUCUUCUCCGGAGGUUGAGCUUUCCCGUCCGUUCUGCAUUCAUCCAUAUUUCCUCCAGUACCACACUAACACUCCACCUCUUAAACACUCUUCUCGGCUCUUCUUAACACAUCUGCUGAAACCAGACAGAUCAUCUCAUCUCCUACAGCAAAUUAGGCUCCUGCUUGAUUUUGACUAUAACCGUAAAGUUUUAGGACCGGUCAAUCGAUGAUUUAAAAGAUGUAGCCAAAACAUUACGAGCUCCCUCAGAAAGUUUAGUUCUUGGGAUGCUUAAAACUCAUUUGUUAAUUCUUGUCAGUAUGCUUUUUUGCAUAACUCUGUUUCGUUUAUAUGUAGUAUGUUCAGUAAUGAACUAACAGUUUUAAAAUUUGACAUUCCAGCGCAAAUCCUGCAGCCUGAUCCUUCUGUAGCAGUGCAGUAUUUUGGCGAGUCAAAUAUGGAUUGUAACUCAUGUAAAAACAUAUUUGCAUAGGUGCAUCACCUUGCUCGUCCCAUGUAUGAAUGUAAAGGUUUGGUGAAGAAAAACAAUUGCUUUCUUCUAAUCCUAUGUUUGAUUUACCAAAGAUGAUGUGGAAUGUUUAUUUUUUAAUGGCCAAUUUUGUAUCGAAUUAGUUUAGGUUGCGGUUUCAAAGGCUGAGCCAUUGAAGUCUGUUUUAAUGGCACUUAGUUCGUAAAUCAGAUAUUUACAUACAAAUUCACUUACUCUAAAUUGUAACAUUGUAUUUGGUUAAAAAAAAUCUUAAUUUUAGUGAUGUACUUUUGCCCACUCCCAGGAAGAGAGCGAUCAGUUUUAAUACAAGGUGAAUGAAAACUAAAUUGAAAUGGAAUUAAACAAAAAAUAAAAACGUUAAGUCCAGAGAGGAUUUGUAUUUUGGCGUUACAGAAAAUGAAUGAGAAAGAGACACCCAGACAUUGCAUUAUUGAGAUUUGUGGUGGAGAAACCCCCCAAAAAUGAGAUUUUGCACUUUUCUUCAUGAGAUUCACCCACUUCUACAUCUUUAUAUCAGAUUUGUGCCAGUCUCUGAUGUUUUGUCCUGUAUGAGGAGCUUAAGCAUAUUCAGAAAUGAAGAUGGAAUGGAAAUGUUAUCUCUCUUUUGCUAACUUGACCUAACAAGAACUAUGUUAACCCAAUGUUGUUUGUAAAAUAUGUACCUAUAUCUAUACAUAAAUAUGUAUAUACAAUAGAAAAGUGUGUAUAAGGUUUGUAUUAAUUUCAGUGCAUAAUAUAAAUGUCUAAUUGUCAUCGUAUUUCAUGGCAUUUAGUUGCAUUCACGUCCGUCGUUUACCUUGCAGCUCCUUAUUUUAAUCAUGUCAAAUGUUGCACUGCUGUUGUCUUUCCAUCAUGAUGCUAAUGCUUGGAGAAAGUGUUUCCUUCAGUCCCUUAAAUCAAUUAAAUGUGCAAAACACUGGAAGAGUUUACCUUAGGUGCAAAUCACUGUGGUUUAUUGAUAUAAACUGUAGCAUUUUCAGAGCACUAUAUAUGCAUCAAUGAGGACCCGUAAGGUUUGUUAACUACAACAUCUAUAAACAGCAUUUGUUAUGCUUUCAUAUAAUUGAUAAUUGAAUUUAAAGUGCAAGGACUUAUGCAAAUUAUUUCUAAGAAGGAAAACGUAAUAAUUAAUAAUGAUAAUAUCCUUCUUGUUCUUAAAGGAGCUCUUCUUUCAUUCAGUGGCAAUCAUUUUGGAUUAACUGCUUAAAUGAAAGUGACAUCAAAAGUUUUAACUAUUUUGAUUAUUUAUCUUAUAAUGUCCUAAAUGUAUUUUAGAAUAAAAAAGCGUAUUAAAAUGACUUGUCAGGUGUAUUUCUUAAUAAAGAAUGUUUUAAGAUUUUC